AUUGCAAUGAACCCUGUUUGUCUAUCAGCCAAUGAGAGUGUCUCAAUCUGUUGCCAAUCCAAAAUGGCCGCAUACUCGACCUGUCACAGAUGCGCUUACAAGCCGUAAGGGUCAAGCACAGCAGUCACUUCUAACGAUGCAACAUCCGAGCGACCAGCCCACCUAUAUGCCCGAUGUACCAUUUCAGCCGCUGUGGAGUCAAGAGGCCCCUCCACCGCCGCCGAUAGUGCCGUAUCAAGAACUUAUAGCUGGAUUCCCUUGUUCUGAUUUGUCACUGUGGCAAAGAUCUCAGGUGACACCUUUAGUUAAUCAACGUCCAAGUACUAAUGGGCGCACAAAUGGGUCUUCUUCGUCUUCCUCCAAGAAAACUCGUCGUCGAGUUGCAUCCAUGGCCCAAAGACGCGCCGCCAACAUUCGAGAACGCCGUCGCAUGUUCAAUUUGAAUGAAGCUUUCGAUAAGCUGCGGCGCAAAGUGCCCACAUUCGCAUAUGAGAAACGACUCUCUCGUAUCGAAACUCUUCGUCUGGCAAUAACGUAUAUUGGCUUUAUGGCAGAGCUGCUAAGUGGCACGCCUUCCAACUCCCACAAAUCACGUUCGGAUAUCUACGGUGGAAUGAACGGACAUCAUCAUCCUUCGAAUGUUGCUCCAGGGCCUCCAAUGCAUCCACAUCAUAUACAUCCUUCGGCUUAUCAGCGUGACUUUGCCUCGCCUUACAACCACAGCCUAACCUAGAGCUUCCCAAGACCUAGGAGUAAUGACUCUAAUAUUCUCUGAACUUUCUGUUAUAAUUUUUGAUACUUAAGCUUAAAGUUAAAGAUAUGUAUAUUGAAAUGUGAGAAUAGAACUAUGUUACAUAAGAAUUCUGAAUUACAAAUAUUGCACCUUAUGGUUUUAAGAGAUUGACUACGCGGU